AUGGCCCCAGCAAGGCCAGAGGUUGCAGUAAACGUGAACAAUGUAAAUAUAUCCACUUGCAUGAUAAGGGACUUAUUGAUUUGCCAAGAUGACUUCACGCUGAAGCCACCCGACGGCAUUCUGAAAGAAAACACUUUCACGUGGCUUGCUUACAUACAGUACGUCCAUGUUAUGACGGGCUUACUAAAUCCAAGCAAGGCGCCUCGGGUGGUGAUGAUACAUCGGCAGUUCGUCUUGGGCACCGCAGCAGACUUUUUGCGUCUGCCGAAGAACUACAAAAUAGGUAACAUAGUGUUCGGCGACUACGAGCGAGAUGAGCAAGACUGCCACCUGACGCUGAUGCAACUGAAGUUGGGAGAAAGGUGCCCACGAGCUUACCUCGAAGUCCCGGUCAGCGAAGUCACGGCACACCCGGAGUUCUCUAGAUUUGGAGUCGGAAAUAGUAUGGCCGUUGGUAAACUGAUCCGCCCCGUGCAAUCAGAAUACACUAUUCCAGUUUGUCUGCCAUCAUACGCUGAACGUCAGAGAAAACGCAGAGACAAAAUCGUAAUUUUAAUCGAUUAUAUUAGCACUGUACCAAGAGACUUUGACCAAGAGAGAAUGGGAAAGAAAACAGUCAAAUUAUACACACACAAAGAAUGUCGGCGACAUCGCAAGAAAGCGAAUCUGGGCAGCGAAGGCGCAACCCACGUCCUCUGCACAUCUGGCUGCGGCGUGCGGCCAGGCGCGCCCAUCGUUUCUCACAGCCCAGACGGGGAGUUCGAGCUCAUAGGCCUGUCUGGUGGCUACGCGCCCUGCACCCGCCGUGGCAUGCGUCGGAGACUCAAUGAUGACCCACCUAUCUACAUUGACGUAUUCCCUUAUGUUACCUGGAUUGUGAACAUUGUAGCAGCGCAUGUUAUACCGAAGCCGUAUCCUAGCAAUUUUAAGUUGGUCGAGGGAAAAGCAGGUCUGAGCGUUCACAAAAGCGGGUACCUCCGGAAGAGACGAGAGCAGCAGCAUGGCUGGCGCGCCCGGACCUUCCUGCACGGCAACUUCUGCUACAAGUCCAAGAGGGUUCAGGAGCGGCAAGCGUAUUUCUUCUACUCGGAGAAGUUUGCUGUGCACGCUAAUCCGCCGGCCAAACUACAUAUAGUACUGAAACUAUCAGCAGGAGUUGAGACAACGAUCCUGUGUGCUAGAAUGCAGUUUCCGAACCGACAGGUCAUACCCCAGAUAUCAGGCGUCGGAGGCUACAACAUGACCCUCCAGUUCACCACGGACUGGUUCCCUUACGUGUUCUUCUUCACACUCGGCCUCACGGGCAAGAACACUACGAGAGCCAACUUGAAGGAAUGGAUCAUUGAGCGACACCCUGGCGCGUGGUAAACGGGCCAAACUGUGGAAAAUCGAGUCACCAGAAUGAGGGCCCAUAUACGCUACGCGAGAACUUACAUGCGUACUCAUUACAUUGCGUAUUUGUUUGCUGUGUGUAAUUGUAUGUAAACUCAACAGUCCGCAAUGCAAUUGAAAUCGCA